AUGGCGCGUUCACGGUCGCGCUCAGCAUUGCCAGCCCAGGCCGCUCUGGUCGCUGGAAGCGUCAGAGAAGAUGCGCCAGUGAAGCAUGCGGUUCCAAAUCCAUCACAGCGACGAGUGACGAGAAGUCGAAGUCGCGAGCUUGAGUCUACAGGACGUUCGGAUGAUGUCGGUCCUGCGGGCGCGCCUGUGGAUGGAGCCCGGAGGAGGUGGGGACAAAACAAAGGCAGAAUGAGCCUCGAUGUCGUGGCGGAAGAGCCACCUUUCAAUUCGCCUCAAAAGUCUGUUCAUCGCUAUGCCCAUCAAGUGAUUCCGGAGUCGCUAGAUGAUACAGUGAACAUAUCCGGUACUACCUUCCUGCCAGAAGAGCCCGACACCAAUCUGGAUCCGGAUAUGAUGAUGGAGACACUGCCAGACCUUGAGCGAGCAGCCAAGAAUGUCUUGGACCAUCUCGUCCCCAACUCAGCGGAUCCCGUCAGUAUCGUGAACUCAGCUAAGAGGCUCACGGAUCCGGCUAGCACUCAAAGCAAACGCCUCCGACAUUCCGUGUCCAACCUGGCUGUUCAAGCCAAGUGGUUCGGUCCUCAGACGUACAUUGACGUCAAGCAUGUCAGUCAGCUACUCACAUCGGCUCUUGAAAAAAAGAGCGUCCAAGUAGCGAAAGAUUGGAGUGCGGAUCCCAUUCUUCACCAGGCUAAUUGUGCGCGUUUUGCACUUGAGGUGCUGCUGGCAAAUGCUGGCACGGACUCGACGAAACGAGCAAUCAAAAACUUGGAAGACUUGUUUCCGCUGCCAUUCAUGAACGAUCUCUCUGAGAGCAAGCAUGAGAGAGCUAUUGGCGAGAGCUCCCUUCGCAAAGAUACUUUUGAUCUCGCUCUGGAACUUCGCACACAAUCUCUGAUACUGAAACUGGAAGAGGAUCAGUAUAAGCUUGAUUUUCUUCCCGAGGCUGCUAUUAGGCAACAUUUUUUCGACGUUAAUGCUUUUGAUGAAGAUGCUUUCGACAGCGGUGUCGCUCCACUGCGUGGUCUCAACAUCAGUAGAUUCCAAGCUUCUGGAGAAUUUCCGGAGCAGUACAGAGAUGCAGUUUGUGACCGGUAUAAUGAGAUCCUUGUUCUCCUAUCAGAAGCUGGAGAUAACUCUUUUGAUAUUAAAGAGUUGAAAAGCGCUUACCGCUGGCAAAAAUUCGUGCUGCGGGCUGUUCAAUGGUUACGAAAGCGCAUCCAGGAAGUCGCCCAAGGACUGCAAGGGCUGCAAAGCGUACAGACAGUGCACAAGGAGUUUUUCGCUGACCAAGACCGCAUAGAGAGUGCAACUGCCACUCCCCGUCCUGGUGCCACUCCCGCCGUUGAAAAAAGUGCACAAGUGCCAGCUGCUACUGACGAUGGACAGCAAGGAUUACCUCCACCUCGGGCUGAAGAGCAGAUGCGGGGCGCUCCUAAAGAAGAUCAACGAGCCCCAGUGUCAACCGCAGAAAGUAGGGAGCGACGGAAGUCUUCGAAACCGGCCUUCCUCAAUCCCGUGUCGAUUCAGCGCCUUAUGCAGAGGCAGCAGCGCCGUCGCUUGUCGCGCGAGGCUACAGAGACCCGGAGGCAGACAGACGUUAUUGCCCAAGUCGUGGACGGCGAGCGCACGCAGUCCGCCUCGGAUGUCCGUGGUCAGACUCUGCCCGCUCCAUCACAAUCAUUCCGGUCGACGCAGGGAGAGCCAGACGAGAUAGCUGCGUCUCCGGAAGGUUCUCCGACUUUGCUACCUGAGGACCAUUAUCUCAGUGUCGAUGAUUCUCAGCUGAACAUCGGCGAUCAUGUCGGUGCUGGACUUGAAAGAUCGCAUAGCCCUCCGGUUGUCAAUAGGUUCACCCGCGAGCAUCAUCACGACCCUUCUUAUGGACAUCGACCUCGUACACCGAGCAGAUUGUCCUUUGUUCCAUCAAGCCAGGACAUAUUGCGAGCAGUGGAAGAAACCCAGAGUCCCACACGGUCAGCCCAACGGUCACGGCUAGACAGACGCCAGGCUUUCAUUGACCGUCAGGAUAAUGCGGAACGUGUUUCCCCAAUCAGUCAGGAGGCAGACCUCCUAAGUGCAGCCAGUAGACGUGACCCCCCGCCGGCCUCCAGAAAGCGAACACGUCAGGAAUCUGAGGACGAAGAUGCGAGCAGUGAUGACUUUUCGGACUAUGGUCGUGCGCUUGACCCUGGUCGCAAGCGUCAAGAAAAGGCAGAGCUGCAACGGAAAAAGCGCCGGCGGGUGGAAGAGGACCAUGACGAGUCUGCCUCACAGUUACAGCAGGGCCUGCAGGCGAGUACCCAAAGUAGGGAAGCGCAAGGUCAAUUGGAAGUCGUCCGCCGGCCUGAAACUCCACCCCGGACUCAACAGUCACCGUCAACACAGUGGGCCAAGACGAGCGAUUUUGGUUCGAAUAGAACAUUUACACCGUCUCAGUCCAAGGGCAGACAGCGCUGGACGCCAGCCGAAGAUGCGCGGCUGAUCCGAUUAAUUGGGGAGCACGGUUGUAGAUGGGCAACCAUCAUGCGUCAGAACGAUGCACAGGCAGCGGAAGAUGGCGAGGUUCAGAUUCAAGGACGUGAUCAAGUCCAGCUCAAAGAUCGGGCCCGGAACCUCAAAAUUGCUUUCCUUAGGUAUGUCCCAGUUUGUCACUUGGGGUUUUCUUUUCGCGCCCUCCCUUUUCCAUGCAGACAAGCUUGCCUUGGGUAUUUCCACUAA